UGACAUGCCAAAUGUGAUGGGACAGAGCAAAUAAAUUAGGAAUUAAAACUUUAUAUUGCAGGUCUUCAGUAUUUCUUAAAAAUGCUAAAUGAUAAUUUAGCAUUUUUCAAAAAUGUUUGUAAUAGUUUCAGUGGAAAACUCACUUUAUAUGAGUGAAUUUGCUAACUCUGCUUAGUGCACAGUUAUGGAAAAUAAUGUAAGAGUGUGUAUGUGCAGAGAAUUAUCACUUUACCUCCCAGCCCUGAAACGUAUAUCAUCUACUGUAAUAGGAAUCUGGACACACAGAGACCGGGGCAGUUAAGAGACUGUUUGGUAGCGGGUUGUAGCGUGGCAGUUUGCUGUUUCUGUCUCUUUUUUUUUUUAAGGACCUCAACCUUUUUUGGAAAUUGGGGUGUGUUUUUUAUAAUUGUUAAACCCCUCAACUGUCAGGUAUAAACAUCUCCUCCAAAUCAAUUCCACUGAAAGCUUUCAUCUGAUAUGACAUGGCGAUAAGUGCUCACAAAACAUCCCAGCUCUGAGAGCAAAUGCCCUCCUGAACAGCAGCCAAUUAGCAUGCAUGGACUGCCCAGACCCUCUUUUUCUUUUUUCCAUCCUCUGGCAAUGUGUGGAAUGAGUAAACGUACUGUAGUCUAGGUUAGUGGAUGGUGUUGUCGAGUGAAUGUUGUUGUCUACCUGUUUUAAUAGAGAUGCUAAAAGGGAAAAACUAAAACUCACUCUGCGCAAACUUCCCAGUACUUUGUUUGAUUUUUUUUUCAGAUGACAAAUGUAAUGUAACUUAUUUAACAGCAUAGUUGUUACAUAUUUAAUGCCUUUUUUAAAUGCUCCAUUACCCAACUGGACUGGUUGCUGUAGAUCUGUUUUCUGUAGAUCUGUUUGCUGUAGAUCUAGUUGCUGUAGAUCUGGAUGCUGUAGAUCUGGAUGCUGUAGAUCUGGUUGCUGUAGAGCUUGUUGCUGUAAAGCUGGUUGCUGUAGAUCUGGUUGCUGUAGAUCUAGUUGUUUUAGAUCUAGUUGCUGUAGAUCUAAUUGUUUUAGAUCUGGUUGCUGUAGAUCUGUUUCCUGUAGAUGUAAUUGCUGUAGAUCUGUUUGCUGUAAAUCUGGUUGCUGUAGAGCUGGUUGCUGUAGAUCUGGUUGCUGUAGAGCUAGUUGCUGUAGAGCUGGUUGCUGUAGAGCUGGUUGCUGUAGAGCUGGUUGCUGUAGAGCUGGUUGCUGUAGAUCUAGUUGCUGUAUAUGUAAUUGCUGUAGAUCUAGUUGCUGUAGAGCUGGUUGCUGUAGAUCUAGUUUCUGUAGAUCUAGUUGCUGUAGAUCUGGAUGCUGUAGAUCUGGUUGCUGUACAGCUUGUUGCUGUAAAGCUGGUUGCUGUAGAUCUGGUUGCUAUAGAUCUAGUUGCUGUAGAGCUGGUUGCUGUAGAUCUGGUUGCUCUAGAUCUGGUUGCUGUAGAUCUGGAUGCUCUAGAUCUGUUUGCUCUAGAUCUGUUUGCUCUAGAUCUGGUUGCUGUAGAUCUGGAUGCUGUAGAUCUGGUUGCUCUAGAUCUGGUUGCUGUAGAUCUGGAUGCUGUAGAUCUGGUUGCUCUAGAUCUGGUUGCUGUAGAUCUGGUUGCUGUAGAUCUGGAUGCUGUAGAUCUGGAUGCUGUAGAUCUGGAUGCUGUAGAUCUGGAUGCUGUAGAUCUGGUUGCUGUAGAUCUGUUUGCUGUAGAUGUAAUUGCUGUAGAUCUAGUUGCUGUAGAUCUAGUUGCAGUAGAUCUGGAUGCUGUAGAUCUGGUUGGUGUAGAUCUAGUUGUUUUAGAUCUAGUUGCUGUAGAUCUAAUUGUUUUAGAUCUGGUUGCUGUAGAUCUGUUUCCUGUAGAUGUAAUUGCUGUAGAUCUGUUUGCUGUAAAUCUGGUUGCUGUAGAGCUGGUUGCUGUAGAGCUGGUUGCUGUAGAGCUGGUUGCUGUAGAGCUGGUUGCUGUAGAGCUGGUUGCUGUAGAUCUGGUUGCUGUAGAGCUAGUUGCUGUAGAGCUGGUUGCUGUAGAGCUGGUUGCUGUAGAUCUAGUUUCUGUAGAUCUAGUUGCUGUAGAUCUAGUUUCUGUAGAUCUGGUUGCUGUAUAUGUAGUUGCUGUAGAGCUGGUUGCUGUAGAGCUGGUUGCUGUAGAUCUAGUUUCUGUAGAUCUGGUUGCUGUAUAUGUAAUUGCUGUAGAUCUAGUUGCUGUAUAUGUAAUUGGUAUAGAUCUAGUUGCUGUAGAGCUGGUUGCUGUAGAGCUGGUUGCUGUAGAUCUAGUUUCUGUAGAUCUAGUUUCUGUAGAUCUGGUUGCUGUAGAUCUAGUUUCUGUAGAUCUAGUUGCUGUAUAUGUAAUUGCUGUAGAUCUAGUUGCUGUAUAUGUAAUUGCUGUAGAGCUGGUUGCUGUAGAGCUGGUUGCUGUAGAUCUAUGGUGCUGGUCAACGAAUUAGAAUAAUUUGAAAUAGUGCAAUCAUGAAAUUCUUUGAAUGCAUUUUUUGUGCAGAAAGCAAAUCAGGUGUUCACCGCACCUGUCCUACUCGUUAGACUAAUCACAGAACUCGUUACCUGGAAAAAAAUUUGCUCAGCUGAGCUUUCCAAAAGGCCCAUUUAGGCCAUUUAACUGUGACCCUGUUGUUUUAUUGAAUUAGAAUAAUGGAGAAACCGUUUCAUUGAAUUAGAAUAAAUGCUUGAA